UCCGGCGAUUUCGAUUCGGUCUCUUUCUCUUAGAGCAAGUAGAACGCACUUCACAUUCUAUUAUCAGUUUUUAUUAAAAAUAAUUAUUCGGAUAAAAAAAACAAAUAAAAAUACUUAAUAAAAAAAUUACACUUUAAAAACGAAAACAUUUAUUGGACCUGUUUGACAAAAACUCCAACGAAUAUCGAGAUUCCAGCUAUAAGAAGCAUCAUAUACAGACGUACUUACUUCGAGGAAGUUGAUCUUGUAUGUUAAUUUUCCGGGCAAUUCAAUAGCAACUAUUAUUUAGACUUAUUAAUAAAAAUGGCUUGGGGAUUUGUAACGUGUGGUCCAAAUGAAGCUCUGGUAGUAUCAGGAUGUUGCUAUAUGAAGCCUUUGCUAGUUCCUGGAGGACGUGCUUUUGUAUGGCCAUCAAUACAGCAAGUGCAAAGAAUUUCUCUGAACACCAUGACUCUUCAAGUGGAGAGUCCAUGCGUGUAUACCAGCCAGGGUGUGCCAAUUUCAGUAACUGGCAUAGCGCAAGUUAAAAUUCAAGGCCAAAAUGAGGACAUGUUACUGACCGCUUGCGAGCAGUUUCUUGGAAAACCUGAAGCAGAAAUACAACAUAUUGCUCUAGUGACCUUGGAAGGUCAUCAGAGAGCCAUAAUGGGAUCAAUGACCGUUGAAGAAAUUUACAAAGAUCGAAAAAAGUUUAGCAAGCAAGUUUUUGAAGUUGCAUCCUCUGAUUUGAUUAAUAUGGGCAUUACUGUAGUUUCAUACACUUUGAAGGAUAUACGCGAUGAAGAGGGUGACUCAAAGGGAUAUCUAAAAUCUUUGGGUAUGGCACGUACUGCAGAGGUAAAACGUGACGCACGUAUUGGAGAAGCUGAGGCCAGGUGUGAUGCCCAAAUUAAAGAAGCGAUUGCCGAAGAGCAACGCAUGGCGUCUCGAUUCUUGAAUGACACUGAAAUUGCAAAAGCCCAACGGGAUUUCGAAUUAAAAAAAGCAGCGUACGAUGUAGAAGUUCAAACUAAAAAAGCCGAAGCCGAAAUGGCUUAUGAAUUACAAGCAGCAAAGACCAAGCAGCGUAUUAAGGAAGAACAAAUGCAAGUAAAAGUAAUUGAACGUACACAAGAAAUAGCUGUACAGGAUCAAGAAAUUCAGCGUCGCGAAAGGGAGCUAGAAGCUACAGUACGUCGUCCAGCAGAAGCCGAAAAAUACCGCUUGGAAAAAAUAGCAGAAGCUAAUAAAUUUAGAGUUGUUUUAGAAGCUGAAGCCGAAGCCGAAUCGAUCAAAAUUCGGGGUGAAGCAGAAGCAUUUGCAAUUGCAGCAAAAGCUAAAGCAGAAGCUGAGCAAAUGGCACAAAAGGCGGAAGCUUAUAGGGAGUACCGUGAAGCAGCAAUGGUUGAAAUGUUGCUAGAGACAUUACCAAAGGUCGCUGCUGAAGUUGCUGCACCACUUUCUCAAACAAAGAAAAUAACAAUGGUUUCCAGUGGUAAUGGAGAUAUUGGCGCCGCUAAGCUUACAGGCGAAGUUUUGCAGAUAGUGAACAAAGUGCCAGAGUUGGUGAAAAAUAUAACCGGUGUCGAUAUUGCUAGGUCCGUGCAUGCUGGUUAAUGAACGAAAACGCAAUCAUAAAAAAAAAAACAUUAUUUCAAUGCUAAUUAUAAAGCAGAAAAUUUGAUGGAACCCAAUUUAAUUUCUAAUAAACAAACAGAAUUUCAAAUAAAUUUCAUAACAAGUAGGAAAUAUUCAUACUAUCACUCUGUUCUGAAUUUCCCAUCUUAUUUCGUUUUGUUGUUUUCUUUCUCUUGCUCAAACUUAAUUUUUUGAUUAUUAGAAUCUCAACCAGAUUUACCUUAUAGAUGAAAUUGGUAAGGCAUUUUUUAAUAAAACACUGAGUUUGAGCAAUGAAACCGAUAACAACAAAUCGAAAUUGAAUACUAGAUCCGACCGAAACUCAGAAAAGAGGUCUUUUACUUUAAAUUAUACAAUAUUUACACAACUUUCAUACAGCAUAAACUAUCAAACCAUACAUAGAAACUGAUUAAUAUUUUACACCUUUAACUUGAGAGAAUUCGAAAAUUAUUGUAUGGAUAUUUUUUAUAAUAUUGAGUUGCCAACUUCUUGAACUUGAAAUCUUUACUUAAGCUUCAAAAACAGUGCUAUGGAGAAAUAUAUUAGCUUCAUUUUGCAUUUAACGUAAUUUAUGCCAAACAAAACUAACAUUUAAUAUUUAAAAUCUUUGGUUAAAAAAUAAAUCAUUGCUACAUACAAAACAAAUAAAAUUAUAUUGUAAAACAAGGGCAUGUUCAGAAUUUAAUCGAAUUUGAAAAUGCGAUGACAGAGGUCUUAUUUUCCUGAACAUGCCUUAAGCGAAUAUAAUAUGGAGUUUGUGUUGCCAGUGCCAACAAUUUAUACUUUAAAUAUUAACCUUAAGUUGAUGUUGAACGAGCGUAGAACGAUAUUGUGGUAGUUUUAUGUUCACUGGAUAGAGGCAAGGCCAUACAACAGAACUUUUAUAAAC